UCGUCGUCGUCCCUCCUCCUCUCGCUCUUCUGCAAUUUUUUCCCCCCGUCUCGCUCCGUAGCUUCGACACCUCGCGCGCCGUGCUCCGCCGAGCAUCCUCCCGUCUCCUCCGCCAUGGGCAAGGGUCCCGGUCUCUAUUCCGACAUCGGCAAGAAGGCCAGAGAUCUUCUCUACAAGGACUACCAGAGCGACCACAAGUUCACCGUCACCACGUACUCGCCGACCGGAGUGACUCUAACAUCAACAGGAACAAAGAAAGGUGAGCUGUUUCUCGCUGAUAUUAGUACCCAGCUGAAGAACAAGAAUAUCACCACUGACAUCAAAGUAGACACAAGUUCCAAUCUCUUCACAACCGUAACUGUUGAUGAGCCUGCCCCUGGACUGAAGACUAUCUUUAGCUUCAAAGUUCCUGAUCAAAGGUCUGGCAAGGUUGAGCUCCAGUAUUUGCACGAUCAUGCCGGGAUCAGCUCUAGCAUUGGUCUGACUGCAAACCCCAUUGUCACCUUCUCUGGAGUUAUUGGAACUAGUGCUCUGGCACUUGGUAGUGAUGUUUCUUUUGACACCAAGACUGGUGACUUUGCCAAGUGCAAUGCUGGUCUGAGUUUUGCCAAUGCAGACUUGAUUGCUUCACUGACUGUGAAUGACAAGGGCGACACUCUGGCUGCGUCCUACUACCACCUGGUGAAUGGUUUGACCAACACUGCUGUAGGUGCCGAGUUCACCCAUUGCUUCUCAAGCAAUGAAAAUACCAUCACUGUCGGUACCCAGCAUGCUUUGGAUCCUUUGACAUCAGUCAAGGCAAGAGUGACCAAUGCUGGCAAGGUAAGUGCUCUUAUCCAGCAUGAGUGGCGACCGAGAUCCCUCUUCACCAUUUCAGGGGAAGUUGACACCAAGUCCAUAGAUAAGAGUGCUAAAGUUGGACUUGCUUUGGCUCUCAAGCCAUGAGGCAAACCAUCCAACUUAUGCGAGUGCCCUUGUCUGAGACGAAGGGAAGCAGUAAAUUCUGUUCAGACUGACAUUCGGGUGUCCUCCUUCAUGAUUCGUCUCUUUGAACAAGAAGGCUGCUGAAUGUCACUUUCCAUUGUUUAGGUGGUUUCGAGUUGUGACAAUAAGAUCUGUAAAACACUGUCGGUGUCCCCUCUGAGGUUUCGUUGAGUUUUGACUCUAUCCGUGUCUUUGUUUUUUGCAAUCCAAGGAAAAAAACCAUUUU